CAUCACACCAUCCUACAAUGAUCAAAAGCUGAAUCUUCUCACAUUUCUCCUUGCAUUUUCGAUUUCCCAGUCUACACGUACAUGGAGUGCAUCGCGGAGCUGCAGCACGAGGUUCCGGAGGUUUACGGCACCGACCUGCUCGUAGAGCUUCCGGACGCGUCGCUGGCCGCCGAACAGGAAGAGGAGGAGGAGGUGGCGGGGGGCGGCAAGCAUCUUCGUCGAGUCGGCUUCCCCGUCGACGACGUCGAUGACGGCUGGGGCGACCUGGAAUCGGUCCACCCGCACCAGGAGGAGGCAGGCUGCGAGGACUGCGGGCUGGACGGCAUCAUCCUGUCCGGCUUCGACUGGUGCGGGUGCUCGCCGGCGCCGCACGUCGUAGACGACGGCGGCGGCGGUUGCAACCCCGUGGACUACUGGACGGAUCAUGAGAUUGAGAGCGAUGCUUUUGGCCCAUUCACUGGCGACAGCGUGGGGGAGUGGUACAUGGAUGGCAUGGCCAUGGAGUGGGACGGCGAGAGGAGCUACUACUCAUUUCACCCAUCUUACAGCGGCGGCGAGGCCUGCAUGGAGCAACCGUGUGGCAGUCCAUUGUGGGAGUGAAGCGAAAUAGUAGCAGUGUACUUGUAUGUGUGAGCUUUGAACUGGAAAAUGUUAGUUUCUGGUAGAUGUAUGUCUGCAUUUUGCAAAUUUUCACAACCUGAAUUUGCUGAAAAGAGCGCGAGUUCCUGAUGGUUCGACUGA